AACGAUGGCGUCGAACGCUCAUCGCCACCGCCGCCGUCUUGAUCCGGUUGGUACGACGGUCGUGAUGUUGAUGUUGCUUCCGGUGUGGCUUGCCGCCGCAGUUGCCACUGAAAUCGCCGGGGCCGCACAUUAUACCAACCAGUUUGCCGUCCGGGUGGCAGGUAUUGGCGGUGAUCACGGACAGCAGGCGGACAGAGUGGCCAGGAAACACGGAUUCCUCAACCGUGGACAGAUUGGAAGCCUCAAUGAAUUUUAUUUGUUUGAACAUCAACACGUACACAAAAGAUCAAUUUACGUUGAUGAAAAGUACCAUUCUCGUCUAAAACUUGACCCACAGAUCUUAUGGUCACAACAACAGUAUGAGCUCAAAAGAUUUAAAAGAGAUUUUGUGCCAACUCGAAAUGUUACAAAACACAUUAGUUCAAAACAAACACUACGGUUCCCUGAUCCAUUAUUUGUUGAUCAAUGGUACUUGAAUGGAGGCGCCAAAGGAGGAUUUGAUAUGAAUAUAGGACCAGCCUGGCAAAAAGGAUACACAGGAAAAGGAGUUGUUGUGUCCAUACUCGAUGAUGGUAUACAAACAAAUCAUCCAGAUUUAGCUAUGAAUUACGACAAAGCAGCUAGUUGGGAUAUAAACGACGAUGAUGACGACCCAAGUCCAAGAGAUGACGGAGACAAUAAACAUGGUACUAGGUGUGCUGGAGAAGUCGCAGCCGUUGCAUUCAACCAAUUCUGUGGCGUCGGAAUCGCAUAUAAUGCAAAAAUUGGAGGUGUCCGGAUGUUAGAUGGGGUUGUUAACGACGUGGUUGAAGCAAAAGCAUUAAGCUUGAACACAAACUAUAUAGAUAUAUACAGUGCUUCCUGGGGACCAGAGGACGAUGGGGAAACAGUUGAUGGACCUGGACCAUUGGCCAAAAGAGCGUUUGUUAAUGGCGUUACAUCGGGAAGAAAAGGCAAAGGUUCAAUAUUUGUGUGGGCUUCGGGUAAUGGUGGCCAUCAUACUGAUUCUUGUAAUUGUGAUGGAUAUACAAAUAGUAUAUAUACUCUGUCCAUUUCAAGUGUCACUCAAAAUGGAAACAAACCAUGGUAUUUGGAAGAAUGUUCAUCAACAUUGGCUGCUACAUAUAGUUCUGGAACUCCAGGAAGUGAUCAUGGAGUGACAACAGUUGACAUGGAUACAAAAAUGAAACCAGAAACCAUAUGCACUUCCGAACACAGUGGAACUUCAGCUUCAGCUCCUAUUGCAGCUGGCCUUUGUGCUUUAGCCUUAGAAGCAAAUAGUAAUCUCACUUGGAGAGAUAUGCAGUAUUUAGUUGUCAUGACUUCGAAUACAAAACCUUUACAAAAUGAAUCUGGUUGGACAACGAAUGGAGUUAAUCGUAAAGUAAGUCAUAAAUUUGGUUACGGACUGAUGGAUGGGGGUGCUUUAGUUACAAUGGCUGAACAAUGGACAAAUGUCCCGUCACAGAAAAUUUGUAGAUCCAGAGAAGACAAUAAACAAAGGUGGAUUGAUCCCGCCCCGGGUAGUGAACUAACUAUGUUUAUGGAAGUGGAUGGAUGUCAAAAUAAUUCUGCAAAUACCGUUAACUACGUUGAGCACGUGCAAUGUCGAAUAUCACUCAAAUUUUUUCCUAGAGGUGAUUUGAGAAUCUUAUUGAUUUCACCAAUGGGCACAGAAUCGGUAUUAUUAUUUGAAAGGCCGUUGGAUAUAAUAAGCAGUACGUUUGACGAUUGGCCAUUUCUGAGCGUACAUUAUUGGGGUGAGAAAAUAGCUGGCCGUUGGGAAAUCAAAAUAACUAGACGAAUGGCUAAUUCAACUGCUAAAAGUCCAGGACUAUUGAAAAAGUGGCAGUUGAUAUUUUAUGGUACAUCUGAGCCACCGGUAAGAUUAAUUCCCAAAAAGAAAUUCUUCAAUCGGAUUCAGACAAAGACAAAAUUAAAACAAAACGAAAAAGAGGGGUUGAAAAAAACCAAGUUUCAAGGUAACUUGGUGAAUACUAAAAAUGAUUCAACAACUCCAGUUAACGCUAGUUUAAACAACAAUGAAUCAAUAAGCACAUUAACUCCAUUCAUUAAACAUCCGUGUAUAAAUAAUACAAAAUAUUGUCAACAAUGUUUAACUACUUACAACGAAUCACUAUGUAACCAAUUUAAUGAAACGGACAUUGUAUAUUGUAACUGCUCCAAUUCGAAUAAUGAAAAAAGAAGAGCCAACGAUGACAAUGUUGAUACCAUAUUUUACAGUUCUUUGAAAUCUGACCGAAACCAUGUGACUAAACCUAGAAUAGGGUUGGAGAUCGUUAUUUUCGUGAUGCUGUUACUGAUAUGGCAUAAUUUCUAUCAAAAAACAAGAUUGGCGAUCGAUUGUGGAAGAACACAUGGUAGUGGAACGACGGCGGCUGCUAAAACAAACGAGUACGUAAAACAUUCACUAGCACUACAACAUAUUGGUCAAAACGAAGAAAAAAUUGGAAUAAUGCAAUGUGCAUUCGAAGAACCAUCGACCAUGAAGUUUAAUAAAAGUUAUACGUCAAGUAAACAACAAAUGAAGAGUUAUGAAAUCCAUCAAGAAGGUAUUAAAAAAACAUUGAAAGAUAUUAUUACAGAAAUUGAAGAAAAAGGAGACUUAUAUUAUAUUCCCCCUUCCAAUAAAACGGAUGAUGAAUAUCGAUCUUUUAUUGAAACAAAAGAUCAAAGUUCAGUAUCAGAAGAAUUGACAUGGGACAAUAGACAAUUUAUAUGUCUAUGGAAUGACUUAAAAAUUGGAGAGCAAUCCUUUCCAUACAAUGAAGACUCCAAUAAUAAAAAAGAAGAGUCUAAUGGCAUAACAAUUAAUGCUGAUGAUGGAUUGAGCCAUAAACAAGUUGAUUUAGACAAAAUUUUUAAGCCAGCCACAGAUUCUGGGGAAGUUUCUCCAUUUAAGAACAGGAAAAUGUAUGCAAGUAGCAGUUUUUAUGGUCCAGAUCACCCAACAGUGGAACAGCAAUUCGAGUUGGCUCGUCGUAUAUCCAGCUCAUUAAGUGAUAUAAGUAAUCAACAAAGUAAAGGACAAUCUAUGUACGUCAAUCGCAAAAAAAGAUCUGUUAAAUGGGUUCAUGAAGGAGAAGGUAAAGGCCCUAUACCAUCAAWUUUUCCACUCGGGGCCAAUCAACAAAAUUAUGAAUCUACCGAACAAAACUCAGAAUCAAAACAAAAACUGAAGUUAGUUAUGGAUCCUAGAGGUCAAGUACAAGAUUUACAAACUUUACGUAAACUUGGAGAAAAUAUUGAACCUUGUCUUAGUCCAGAAGUAUGCUUCGAUUUAGUUAGAGACUUAAAUGCCACAAAAGGAAAAGGCGCUGCAUUAUUUGCAAAGAGACGUAAAAGAUCGGAAAAUUGGAUUGUUGACGAACAUAAUGUGAAAUCAAUUUCACCCAGUCUUUCUGAGCCAGGAAAUAUUAAACAUGCUAGUAAUAAUAUACCAAAUCAUCAACAAGGUACCAUGAGAGCGGAAAAUAUUCAAAAAAUGAAUGAAAUUCAACAAAGGUUCACUCAACCCCGUUUAAGAUUGAUAAAAUCACCAUGGGAGGCAGCUUUGGAAACCGGAUCUGUUGAGUCAGCCUUUCAAGAAAUGGCUCCAAAUUUUCCACCAAGAGGAUAUAUUGUUGCUCCAACUUCAGGUGCUUUAGAAGCAAUUAAAGAUGGAGGCAGAACAUCAAGAGCAACUGUUUGUUCAACUCCUACAAGAACCGCAACACCAAAAAGUUACCAAGAUAUAUACAUGCCUAAAAUACCUAGAGGUUGGAAUACGCAAUGUAACAGACAACAGCCACCUACUUAUGGCUCGGUUAAACUGGAUCAGAUUUUUCGUGGUACCCCAAAUUCUCCAGUUAGUUUAUUGAAUAAAGCUUCGAUCUACUCAACUGGUCUUAAUCCUAAAAUUUCUGAAAAUUUAUCUUCUACAACUUUUACCAUCAAUAAAGAUAAUUCACUAACUUUGACUCCAGUACCAAAAUCCCCAGCAACUUAUCAUGGUUACUAUGAAGAACCCAAAUUUCAUAAAGUUGAAUUUACGCCAAGAUCAACUCCAGGCUUAGAUCAAAUGAGUGAAACUCAUAAGUCAGAAAGUGUUACUGAAGAAAAAACAAACGAAAAAGAGCUUCUUCUGCAAUAUGAAAAAGAAAAACCAAAAGUCGAACUACAGAUAAAAGAAAACGAUAAGUCUAAAUGUAAUAAUUACAACGUUUUUGUCCCCAAAUCACAUAAAACGUUUGAAGAACAUAUGCCUAAUAUAAAUAAUUACACUGAACCGAAUCGUGCUGAAAGUAGAUGUUCGCUUAAGUCACCAAGUAGUUUCGUAGGGGCUAAAAAGGAAGAACCACCAAACACUGUUAUACAAGAAAGAUCUUUACCCGUUAAAACAUUGAUAGACACAUUUGAGCAUAAUAAUAGACCUGUAAUGCGAUAUUUACAGCUUGAAGAAAGAAUACCGUUAAGUGAAGAGAUAAAACAUUUACACGAUGAUCCAAAACCAGCAUCAAUUGAUGGUAAUUUAGGAAAUGGGAAUGAAUCGCCAAAUAUUGUUGAAGAAAAUGGAUUUUACAUAGCUAAUACAGCUGUCGAAACGAGAAGUUUCUCUUAUGGAACCAAUGAACAAYAUAACUGCGCUGAUAAAGUUUAUUCCGGACAUCAURUUAAGUCUGAAUAUUAUGUAGAUACAUUURAGGUCAAUGAUACAUCUAAAUAUGGCAGUAAAUUUGAUUUCAUAGAUCAAACUGGAAAAAACGAUAAGUCUGAAUAUGACAAUAGAUCUGAUUAUGCCGAUCAAUCUGAAAUAAAUGAUAAGUCUGAGUUUGGUGAUAGAUCUGAAUAUGCAGAUAAAUCAGGGAUCACUGAUAGGUCUGAAUAUGGUGAUAGAUCUGAGUAUACUGAUGACGUUUCAUUAUCAUUUGACGUAAGGGGUGAUAUGAAAUUUCAGACCAUUAGACAAUUAGCCACUCCAGAUAGUCUAGAAUCUAGUAUGUUAUUUGCUCAAAAACAGAGCUCACGGGAUGAACGUCAUCAAGAGUAUAAUAAUAAUUAUAAUACACCACAUAAAACAGCAGAUCCUGCAUCUGUGGAUCCGUCAAAUUGUAAUCAGUCAAAAAAUGUUCAAUUGCCAUCAUAUAAAGACUAUUUAUCAUUGAGCAACUAUAAUACUGCACCCAGAGGGUGGAAACAAGGCGAUACGAUAUUUUAUAGACCAGUGACAUUCAAUAACCAACCCAAUCGAGAAGAUACUCGCAGAAAAAGCUUUACCGACUUCUAAUUAUAAUUUAAAUGUAUCUAUGUUAAUUAAAUUGGACCGAUUAACGUGAAAUUAUAAUUAUAUUAUAUUAUAUAAGCGUGAUUUAAAUUACUUUACGUGGUUGCAGAUUUAAUGAAUUGACAGGUUUCAAACAUCGUUGAUAAAAUGUAAAAUGUUCGAUUUUUAUACAUUAUAUUAACUACCAUGGUUUUAAAAUGCUUUCAAGUUGUGUUAUAUAUUAUUA